GAACACCAAAACUGCAAUCAACAUGGGCGUGCCAUUCGAGUCCCUCCUCCCAUACGUGGUCUGCACCGCCUUCUUCGGCCUCACCGGCGCGGGACUUUCAAAGCUCAGACACAUGCAAAAUGGAGGAAAGCGACCAAGGCAUUCGAUCGACCAAUGGGAUAAGCAGAUGAUGGACCGUGACCGAAGGCUCACCGGGUUCCUGAGGGGGCAGACAGACAACACGAAGGCUCCGUCUGGAUUUGAGUUGAGCAACCCAUGGAGGGUCGAGAGGGGCGUCUGUUAGAUCAGCACUGCGAGCAUUUCAAGUUCGAAAACAUCUACAUCUUCCGUUACCUUUGAUCAUCCCUUGGUUUCCGAUGGCUCACUGCUCAAGCACCGGCGAAUCAGUGCGUGUACGCAUCAUGCUACUC